AUGGACCCUCACGUUUGUGUGUGUUUGAGCUUUGAUCCAAAAGAUUUGACACUCGGUUAUUUUCGGUCACUCAAGUACUUGUGUGUUGGAACCUUUGGUCUGAAAGUUCGGUCACUCAAGUGCUUGUGUGUUGGAACCUUUGGUCUGAAAGUUCGGUCACUCAAGUACUUGUGUGUUGGAACCUUUGGUCUGAAAGUUCGGUCACUCAAGUACUUGUGUGUUGGAACCUUUGGUCUGAAAGUUCGGUCACUCAAGUACUUGUGUGUUGGAACCUUUGGUCUGAAAGUUUGGUUACUCAAGUACUUGUGUGUUGGAACCUUUGGUCUGAAAGUUCGGUCACUCAAGUACUUGUGUGUUGGAACCUUUGGUCUGAAAGUUCGGUCACUCAAGUACUUGUGUGUUGGAACCUUUGGUCUGAAAGUUCGGUCACUCAAGUACUUGUGUGUUGGAACCUUUGGUCUGAAAGUUCGGUCACUCAAGUACUUGUGUGUUGGAACCUUUGGUCUGAAAGUUUGGUUACUCAAGUACUUGUGUGUUGGAACCUUUGGUCUGAAAGUUCGGUCACUCAAGUACUUGUGUGUUGGAACCUUUGGUCUGAAAGUUCGGUCACUCAAGUACUUGUGUGUUGGAACCUUUGGUCUGAAAGUUUGGUUACUCAAGUACUUGUGUGUUGGAACCUUUGGUCUGAAAGUUCGGUCACUCAAGUACUUGUGUGUUGGAACCUUUGGUCUGAAAGUUCGGUCACUCAAGUACUUGGGUGUUGGAACCUUUGGUCUGAAAGUUCGGUCACUCAAGUACUUGUGUGUUGGAACCUUUGGUCUGAAAGUUCGGUCACUCAAGUACUUGUGUGUUUGA